AUGGCCACUUGGUCUGGCAUCGUCUUUUUACUGGUCGUUGGCCUGCUGGCCGUCGAUGCAGCUGAUCCAUGGUGGAAAACAGCCUCGUUCUAUCAGAUAUAUCCGCGAUCCUUCAAGGAUACCAAUGGCGAUGGUGUCGGUGAUCUGAACGGUGUGACAGAGAAAUUGGAAUAUCUUAAAGAAAUUGGAAUAACAGCAACUUGGCUAUCGCCCUUCCUGAAAUCACCAAUGGCUGAUUUUGGUUAUGAUAUUGCGGAUUUUAAAGAAGUUGAUCCUCUAUUCGGUACAAUGGAGGACUUUGAGAACAUGGUGGCACGUGCCAAGGAAUUGAAUGUGAAAAUCAUUUUGGACUUUGUGCCCAAUCAUUCGAGUGAUGAGUGUGAUUGGUUUAUCCGAUCGGCAAAUGGUGAGGAGAAGUACAAGGACUACUACAUCUGGCAUCCAGGAUUUGUUGAUGAAGAUGGCGUGCGUCGUCCCCCCACCAAUUGGGUGAGCGUGUUCCGUGGCUCCGCCUGGGAAUGGAAUGAGAAUCGCCAGGAAUACUAUCUACAUCAGUUCCAUAAAAAGCAACCGGAUUUCAAUUUCCGUAAUCCUGUUGUGCGUGAGGAAAUGAAUGAUGUACUGCGAUUUUGGUUGGGCAAGGGUGUUGAUGGUUUCCGUGUCGAUGCCAUCUACCACGCUUUCGAGGUGGAGGCUGACGAAGAUGGCAAUUAUCCGGAUGAGCCACGCAAUGAUUGGACCGAUGAUCCAGAUGAAUAUGGUUAUACGCAUAAGAUAUAUACUGUGGAUCAGCCAGAGACACCUCACUUGGUUUACGAAUGGCGACAGAUUUUGGAACAAUUCCAGGCCGAUAAUGGCGGCGAUGAGCGUAUUCUAAUGGUGGAGACAUGGUCGCCCAUUGAAAUUGUUAUGGACUAUUAUGGCAACUCAACAGCUGAUGGUGCUCAGAUACCGUUCAAUUUCCAGCUGAUAAGUAAUCUCUACUACGAUUCCGAUGCUUAUCACUAUGAGUAUUUGAUUAACAACUGGCUAACACUAAUGCCUGAGGGUAAAAGCGCCAACUGGGUGAUUGGCAAUCAUGACAAAAACCGUGUGGGUUCGCGUUUUGGAGCCGAUCGUGUCGAUCUCUUCAAUAUACUACUUCUUACCCUGCCCGGCUGUAGUAUUACCUACAAUGGCGAAGAACUGGGCAUGCUGGAUGGUUAUGUAUCGUGGGAGGAUACAGUAGAUCCUCAAGCUUGCAAUGGCUAUGAGGCCAACUAUAUGGACAAUUCUCGGGAUCCGGCCCGUACUCCCAUGCAUUGGACAGAUGACAAAUACGCCGGUUUCACCAACGGCUCGACAACCUGGUUGCCCGUGGCCCUGGAUUAUGCUCAGCGCAAUGUGAAGAAGGAGCGCGGUGUUUCUCUCAGCCAUCUCAAUGUGUACAAACGUCUGCAGGAACUCAGAAAAGAGCCCACCAUAUCGGGGGGAGCGGGUGAAAUCAAGGCAGUCAGCAGUUAUGUUUUGGCUGUCAAACGUUCUCUGAGUGGCAACUAUGUCUACAUUUCGCUCUUCAACAUUUUCGAUUCCAUUGAGAAUGUGAAUCUGUCGGAGGUUUUCAGUGGCCUGCCAGCGACCUUCCAGUACACUCUGAUCACUGACAAGUCCAUCAAACAGGUGGGCGAUGUGGUGUCUGCCAAGAGUGUUACUCUGAUGCCUCAUGAGUCCAUUGUUUUGCGCUCGACCACGACUGUUUAACAUUAAUAAUUUCUGGAAAUUGAAAUGAUUAAAUGUGCUUAUCAGUAA